GACGCGACGCUGGUAGCAGGAAGAAGCAGCUUCUUUUCAACUUCGCUGCCCCGAGCUGUCAGUGCUGUUAGUCUUGCGGUGGUAAUGUUUGUACAGUUAGAUAACUGACAAUGCACGUGGAAAGCCUGCCGGUCCGGAAUGCGCCCAUUUAUGUCCGUUUACUCCAACAAUAUCUGGUUCUUCUGAAGAAAUACCCCAUCCUCACUAAGUCUGUAACGAGUGGCGUCCUCACAGCUUUAGGAAAUCUUCUGUCUCAGAUUUUGGAGGCCAAAAAAAAAAAAGCCACCGAUGGAGCCCAGGUUAGCCUGAUUGACCCGGCUGGAGCUGCACGCUACGCCAUUUAUGGGUUGGUUAUUACAGGACCGGUGAGCCAUUACUUUUAUCAGCUGAUGGAAGUGUGGAUGCCCAGCACAGACCCACUCUGCAUAGUUAAACGUCUGCUCCUGGACCGGCUGGUUUUUGCCCCAGGCUUUCUGCUGAUUUUCUACUUUGUGAUGAACGUCUUAGAGGCUAAAGGAUGGAGAGACUUUGAAAAGAAGAUGAGAGGAAGUUACUGGACUGCUUUAAAGAUGAAUUGGAAAGUGUGGACUCCCUUCCAGUUCAUCAAUAUCAACUUUGUGCCUGUUCAGUUCAGAGUGCUGUUUGCCAACACCGUCGCCUUAUUUUGGUACGCCUACCUCGCAUCUGUGAGGAAAUGAAGCCUCUCUCAAAUUCUUCACUGAAAAUGAAUCAAGAGGAAACUUCUUCUUCGGCAUCUGGCUGUUUACUGUACUGUUUAUAUACUGGACGAUAAUUCUCACAUACAGUAUUAUUAAUUAUGUUGAGUUUAAGCCACUAUAACAUGCUCUGUUUAAUACACGACUGUUUGUAAAUACAGAGGAUACUACAUUUAUUUGUUACAGGCACUAACGAAAUUGUGUAAAAUGUAAUAGUACACAUUGAAUUCUAUGAUUGAGAAAGUCUUAAUAACUGGAAUAAUGUACAGUUCAAAACAAGGCUUCAUUGCACCAUUCUGGUUCCUUCUGGUUCCUUCUGGUUCUGGUCUGUACAGGGUGUAAGCUCCACCCCUUAAGAGGAAAUGAUAAGCCCACAGGAAAUGUGAGGAGACAGCCACAUUGACAUUUGUAAAGUUAUUUUUAUUUGUUUUUAACAGGGUACAGUUAAUAUAAACCUGUGUUGUGUGUUUAUAACAAAUCUGUAGUGACAAAGCCAAAUAACAAAUUUAUCCUGUUUUUAAGAUGUUAUGGAAUGCACCAGCUUACAUGAGGAAUGCAAUACUUGGUCCGAAUGAAAAUAAACAAUAAAGAAAGAAAAAUAGGCAUUUGAAACUUGUGAUU